UGAAAGUACAAAGGGUGUUUGUUUUUUCUUUUAAAUUUUUUAGUGACUCGAAGGUAAAUUUUCCAUUCCAAAUUUAAUGUGGAAACCAAAACCAUCCCCUCCUCCCUCGAUAUUAAAAUUUUGGAGCGGAAAACAAAAAAGAAAAGAAAACCGAAGAAGAAGAACCACAGUGAUUUUCAUUCUUCAGAGUCGCUCAGCAUCGAGAGGAAAGGCCAUUGAUUGAGAGAUUCUAAUGGAAGCUCCUUCAGCUCAGCUUCCUUUCUUCUUUCUCUUUCUUUUACUCUCAAUUUCAUUCCCCAUUUUCAUACAAAACUCUCUAGCUGAUGGUGUCACUCCCCACGAAGCCAAACAACUCAGAGAUGAGGUCCGUGAGAUGUUUUAUCAUGCUUUCAAUGGAUACAUGAAGCAUGCUUUUCCCCUCGAUGAAUUAAGACCUCUAUCGUGUGAAGGAGAAGAUUCACUUGGUGGUUAUGCCUUGACUUUAAUCGAUUCUUUGGAUACACUGGCUUUGCUUGGUGAUCGUGAACAAUUUGCUGCAUCUGUUGAAUGGAUUGGUAAAAAUCUUCGGUUCGAUAUAAAUAAAACAGUAUCACUCUUUGAGACAAACAUUCGAGUUCUUGGAGGUUUACUUUCCGCUCAUCUUAUUGCAAGUGACCACACUACGGGCAUGAAAAUUGCAUCCUACGAGAAUCAACUGCUUGACUUGGCAGAGGAUCUGGGUCGAAGGUUACUGCCUGCGUUUGACACUCCUACAGGAAUUCCAUUUGGAUCAGUUAACCUACUGUAUGGAGUUGAUGAACAUGAAAGCAAGAUAACAUCAACCGCAGGUGGUGGAACCUUAACUUUGGAAUUUGGUGUUCUAAGCCGUUUGACAAAUGAUCCAAUUUUUGAACGAGUAACAAAGAAUGCAGUACGUGGACUAUGGGCAUGCCGUUCAAAGCUUAAUUUAGUUGGUGCACAUAUUAAUGUUUUUACAGGUGAAUGGACACAGAAGGAUGCAGGCAUAGGUACGAGCAUUGAUUCCUUCUACGAGUAUUUAUUGAAGGCUUAUCUUUUGUUUGGCGAUGAAGAGUACCUAUUCAUAUUUCAAGAAGCAUAUGGGGCUGUGAUGCAUUAUCUUUUCAACGACCCUUGGUAUGUUGAGGUAAAUAUGGAUUCUGGAGCUCUUGUCUGGCCACUAUUCAACAGUUUGCAAGCAUUUUGGCCAGGGCUUCAGGUUUUGGCAGGGGAUAUUGACCCUGCAAUCCGGACACAUACUGCAUUUCUUAGUGUCUGGAAGAGAUAUGGAUUCACACCUGAGGGUUUCAAUCUUGCUACACUAAGUGUUCAGCAUGGGCAGAAAAGUUAUCCACUACGCCCAGAGUUAAUAGAGAGCACUUAUUGGCUCUACAAAGCCACCCGAAAUCCCAGAUAUCUUGAUGCCGGUCGGGACAUGGUCACUAGUUUGCAAUAUGGUGCCCGAUGCCCAUGUGGAUAUUGUCAUAUUUCAGAUGUUGAGUUUCACAAGCAAGAAGAUCACAUGGAAAGCUUCUUCCUUGCUGAAACGGUAAAAUACUUGUGGCUUCUUUUUGACUUGGCUGCGGGCCCUGACAACCUUGUGGAAAAUGGUCCAUACAAGUAUGUUUUUAGCACAGAGGGCCACUUGUUGCCUGCAACCCCUCAAAUAUCCCUAGUUAGGGAACAUUGUUCAUACCUUGGGGCUUUUUGUAAAAGUGAAGUGGAGCCUGAAUCUGGUAACAUAAAUAAUGCAACUGAUGUUGAAGAAGCUAAACGUUCAUUCUCUGAGGGAACAACUUCCGCAGAAAUUCCGUCAAGCUCUGAUUUUUCUGAGUUGACAUCAACAACUGGGUUGAUCAGGGGGGUCUGCCCAGGACUGACUCAUGGACAGAAGUUUGGCAUUACAUACAUUAGGUCGAAAAUGACAGACGACUCCGUUAACAAAAGAGAAACUGUCGAAAAACAUUUGACAGUGGUUGAAACCGAUCAAAACUCCAGGCAUUUGACAUCCCAUGAAAUAAACCAUUAUAAUUCUCAAGAGCUUGAGGAGGAGGACGUUCUGAAUGACCCACAUGCCAUUUAAGGAAUUCAUUUUUUCAAAAAAUAUUUUUGGAAUGACUUUAGAAGAUCUGCUGGCGCCUGCCAUCUACUUCUCCAUGGAUCCUCCUUACUAAACUUCUUUGAGAUAUAAUCAUUGGAGGCAUGAAAGAUCUAACUGCUGGUGGAGCUUAUUGUCACAACUAUGGAGGUAUAUUUCGUCAUUAACGGCUUGAAAUGAGAGCUUGAUAGCAAAAAACUGACAUGUACAAACGACUUUUCUUUGUUUUGCUGAUUAAUAUCGAGUUCAUGUAGAUUCUGCUGAUUGAUGCGUUAACAUUUUUUAAACAUUUUGGCCAUUGUAACAUAGAAUUACUGCUUUGUAGUAAUUUUUUCCUUUUUCUUUUUUGACAGAAUUUGGGUUUUAUUUUGUUUGAUACAGGGAUGGACAUUUGCUCACAUUGUAGAAAUCAGAUCUAUUUUAUUUGUUUAUUGUCUACUUGAAAUGGUAGUACCCAAAAAAGUUAAUUCUUUCGUA